CGAGGCUCGCGCCCACUGCGCGAACCGUUCGGGAGGGGGGAGCGCGGCAGCUGAGGCUCGCCGGGCCGCGCGCCCCGCCCCUCGGAGGCCCGCCCUCCAGCUCGCCCCCACAGCCCGCUGUGCCUGCGGGUACUGAGCGCUCCGGCAGCCGGCGGUGACUCCGACCCAGCCGCCUCCCCGGCCCGCGCCCCUACUGGAGGGAAGAGCCGCUUUGGGGAGGAGGGAAAGGGACGUGGGGGAGGCCACGGCAGCCUUGAGGGAACAGACCAUUAUUGCAAUGUCAAGGUUGUAAAUCAAGUUUAAUAAUGGAUGCCUACGUCUCCCAUCUCCUUGGGGUUUAGUAACCCCCCCCAAGAUUAGAGGUAACUGUUAUGAUUGCUAAGUUCCCUGAACUCCUGAGUUGGCAGAUGUGGAGGGCCAAAAAGGAGUCCCCAGCUCCUGGCCAGUCCAGAGAACUGCACUCGCUGACCAACCACUCAAAAUAACAAUUCAGAGUCAGCCCAGGAGGGUUAACCUCCAUUUCAGCUAAUCAUGGGAGAGAUUAAAGUCUCUCCUGAUUAUAACUGGUUUAGAAGUACAGUUCCCCUUAAAAAGAUUAUCGUGGAUGAUGAUGAUAGUAAAAUAUGGUCGCUGUAUGAUGCAGGCCCCAGAAAUAUCAGGUGUCCUCUGAUAUUUCUUCCCCCUGUCAGCGGAACUGCAGAUGUAUUUUUCCGGCAGAUUUUGGCUUUGACUGGAUGGGGUUACCGGGUUAUAGCUUUGCAGUAUCCAGUUUAUUGGGACCAUCUUGAAUUCUGUGAUGGAUUUAGAAAACUUUUAGAUCAUUUACAACUGGAUAAAGUUCACCUGUUUGGGGCUUCUUUGGGAGGCUUUUUGGCCCAGAAAUUUGCUGAAUACACACACACAUCUCCCAGAGUCCAUUCCCUCAUCCUCUGCAAUUCUUUCAGUGACACCUCCAUCUUCAACCAAACUUGGACUGCAAACAGGUCCUUGUUUUACAGCUUUUGGCUGAUGCCAUCAUUUAUGCUCAAAAAAAUAGUUCUUGGAAACUUUUCAUCUGGCCCAGUGGACCCUUUGAUGGCUGAUGCUAUUGAUUUCAUGGUGGACAGGCUGGAAAGUUUGGGUCAGAGUGAACUGGCUUCAAGACUGACCCUGAAUUGUCAAAAUUCUUAUGUGGAACCUCAUAAAAUUCGGGACAUCCCUGUAACCAUUAUGGAUGUAUUUGACCAGAGUGCACUUUCAACCGAAGCUAAAGAAGAAAUGUACAAACUGUAUCCUAAUGCCCGGAGGGCUCACCUUAAAACAGGAGGCAAUUUCCCAUACCUGUGCAGAAGUGCAGAGGUGAAUCUUUAUGUACAGAUACAUUUGCUGCAAUUCCAUGGAACCAAAUACGCGGCCAUUGAUCCGUCGAUGGUCAGUGCCGAGGAACUUGAGGUGCAGAAAGGCAGCCUCAGCGUCAGUCAGGAGGAGCAAUAGUUGUGGUGUUCGUUGUUAAUGAUGCGUGAUCCAGAGAGUUCUUGUACAAUCAUGGCGUCAGUGCCCGCCUGGCGGCCUCUCCAUUCGGCUGUCAGGUUCACCGGUUAUCACUGUGUUUGGAAGUAGGACUGAUUGUCGUCUUUGUGACAGGCGGCAGCUCUUCUAAGCCAGUGUAACUGUUCCCUCUUCGGUUUUUUUAGCUUUUGAAUUUGAGGAAGUACUUUUGAAGACUCCCAUUUUAAGAAUUGUGAAAAUUUUGCUACCAAAAGUCAUCACCACUGUGUUCUUAAGCAAAUAUUAAUUUCUGAAGUUUGGGAUUUUGUGAGGGUUUGUUUCCUUUUUCUUUCCUCCUUUCUUUUUAUGUUAUUUGCUGUAAAUGCUGCACAUCCAGAUUGUGUAUCAGAAGGACAUCAGUUAUUUUUAUGAAUUCUUGGUUAUUGCCGUUAUCAAGUGCCAAGCUGUCGCCCUACUGUGUGCUCCCUGCAACAUCAACUACUUCUACUUUCCAAUUAUGCAGAAUCAUUUUCAGUUUUAUCUGUUGUCUUUCUAGCCAUUACAGUCAUUUGGAAUAAAAACUCACUUUCAGCGAA